AUGUCCGUCGUUCCCAAAUCAGAGAAAAACACCAUCGACGUCGACAGCGAUGACGACGCCUCCGCAAGUGCUGUAAUGAGCGACCUUCAUUUACCCCUUCAGCAAAACCCUCCUCAAUCAACUUCAACUCCGUUAGUCUCUGAAAGCCAUAGUUUCUGGAAAGCCGGUGAUUAUGUUGUUGGUCCUACUUCUAAGCCUUCUCCCAGUCAAGGUCACUUGGAUCAUGCGCGAGUUCAUCCUAAGUUUCUUCAUUCUAAUGCCACUUCUCAUAAGUGGGCGUUUGGCGCAAUUGCUGAGCUAGUGGAUAAUGCUGUUGAUGAGAUCCAAAAUGGUGCGACUUUUGUGAAGGUUGACAAGCUUAAGAACAAGAAGGAUAAUUCACCGGUGCUAGGCUUUCUAGAUGAUGGUGGUGGAAUGGAUCCCAACUCACUACGGAAGUGCAUGAGCUUGGGUUAUUCUUCAAAGAAGUCUAAGACAACAAUUGGACAGUAUGGAAAUGGAUUCAAGACUAGUACUAUGAGACUUGGUGCAGAUGCUAUUGUUUUUAGCCGGGCUACACAUUUGGGCCGAUCAACACAAAGUGUAGGUUUACUAUCCUAUACCUUUUUGCGAAAAACCGGGCAAGAUGAUGUAAUCAUUCCAAUGAUAGAUUUUGACAUAUCUGGCCAUUGGCCUGAGCCAAUUGUUUAUGGCUCACUGGAAGACUGGUCGUCAAACUUGAAAACAAUUCUUGAUUGGUCUCCCUUCGCAUCCAAGGACGAGCUCAUGCUCCAGUUUGAGGAUAUAGGAUCACAUGGAACCAAGAUUUUAAUAUAUAAUUUGUGGUUAAAUGAUGAAGGAAUAUAUGAAUUGAGUUUUGAUGAUGAUGCCGAGGAUAUCAUGCUUAGAGAUGAGGCGAAGCAUGGAAAUGGGCAGAAGUUGAACAAAAAAGUUGUUCAGCUUCAGUCGCAUAUUUCUUACCGCAUCCGUUACUCUCUACGGGCAUAUGUUUCACUUUUGUAUCUCAGAAAAUUUCCGAACUUCCAAAUCAUACUAAGGGGAAAACCUGUGGACCAUGUUGACAUUACGGACGAGCUCAAACAUUCAGAAAUUAUUAGUUACAAGCCCCAGCUGGCUGCGGCAAAUGUGGCUACGGUGGAGACGACCAUUGGGUUUAUAAAGGAGUUUCCUGCUAUUAAUGUUUCUGGGUUUAACGUAUACCACAAAAAUCGCCUAAUCAAGCCAUUUUGGAAAGUAAGCCCAGAUGGUUCAUCUAAAGGGAAUGGUGUUGUUGGAGUUCUUGAAGCCAAUUUUAUAGAACCUGCACAUGACAAGCAAGACUUUGAGAGAUCACUGCUGUUCAUACGGCUAGAAGGGAAGCUGAAACAAAUGAUAAAUGAUUACUGGAAGGGUCACUGUGAGUUACUUGGAUAUCAGCCUAUAGGUUACAGGCCACAAAUUGUGCAAAAGGUUGUUGAUCCACAAGAUAUUUGCUCAACAGCCAAGCACCAACAAGUUUUGAAUUUAGAUCAGCCAAAUGAGGGUUUUCAUGCAACCGGCAAGCAAAGUUCGACUUAUGAGCAGCAUGGUAUAUCGAGUGGAGCUUCAGUGUCCAGAUCUAUUGAUGAAAUCUGUGAAGAAAACAUCAAACUUUUCACAAGGUGUGAGGAGCACAGACAAAAAGAGGCAGAGUUGAGAAAGACGGUUGAAGACUUGGAGAAGGAGUUGAAAGAAAUCGAAACCAAGCGUUCCUAUAUUGCUUCAUUCUUUGAGGCCAAGAAGAAGCUGAAGAAUGUAUGGUGA